AUGUCGCUCGUUGCGGUAGGCGCAUGCUAUCUAGACACGAUCCUAACGACUCCCCAUUACCCUGGAGAAGAUGAAAAACUUCGUGCUUCCAAUAUCUCUCGUCGGAGAGGGGGCAACUGCCCCAACACACUUGAGGUUCUGCAGCAGUUGGUAGCUCACGGCUCAUCGACCGCGCAACUAUCAUUGAACCUGGUUGCAAUCCUGCCCUCCAGGUCAUCAGCUGCUUCGCAGCAGAUCCGAGCGGCAUUCGAACCGCACGUCAACAUGGAUCACUGCAUCUACCGGGACGAGAUAACAGAGCCUGCUUCGAGUUACAUCUUCAAAAGCCAGACGACGGGGAGCCGGACCAUCGUCAACUACAAUGAGCUUCCGGAGAUGACCGUUGAUGAAUUUGUCACGAUUGCCAACACUUUAGGCCCGACGGUUUCGUGGUUUCAUUUCGAGGGUCGGAUUCCGGACGUCACCCUGUCUUGCAUCCGCUACCUGCGGCAACAUCUCCCCUCGGUCAGAAUCAGCGUCGAAGUAGAGAAGCCAGGACGGCCUGGGCUGCAGGAACUCGCGGAGGAAGCCGACGUUGUUUUCUACUCGAAGAGCUGGGCUCAGGGAAAUGGGUAUAAAUCGGCUGAGCAAUGUGUUCAAGAACAAUCGUCUCUGACACAGAAGGCCUCUCUUCUAUGCUGCACAUGGGGUGAACAUGGAGCAGUAGCUCUGAGUACCGCGACCAAAGAUGUGAUUCAUCAGCCCGCAUACACCGCGCCAGACUUUCGUAUCGUGGAUACAAUUGGUGCUGGCGAUAGUUUCAAUGCCGGGAUGCUGUACGCGCUUCUCUGUCGGCGUGAUGAAUGGAGUUUGUCGCAGAAGCUAAGCUUCGCAAACCGAGUUGCUGGAAUGAAGGUAUCCCAAGAGGGCUUUUCAGGGCUUCAUCGUGCACUGAACUCUAUACGUUGA